AUUUGUGGUCCCACCCCCACCAAAGUGAAAAUAGGGUUCACUUCUCACAAGCUGUGACAUACUUCAAAAGAGAGGCACAUUUUGGGACGAUAGCACUUCAUAACCUGAGGGGAGAAGAGUCCUACACUGGCGGUUGGAAAUGCUCGCACAACGAAACCUAUUCACUCUGUGGCUUCUGCUACUUCUCCAUGUCUCUGGAAGUGUAAUGAGAUUUAACUUGUUCAAACAAAGCGAAAGAAACCCUGUGCCGCAGGAAGGUGAUGUGAGGCUGUUUGGCGGCAGUGUUUUCGAGGGCCGUGUGGAAAUCUACCAUGAGGGUUAUUGGGGAACGGUGUGUGACGAUGGCUGGGGCAUGGCCGAGGCCCAAGUGGUGUGUCGUCAGCUCCACUUCCCCGGAGCCAAAUCUGUUGUCAUUGGGAAGAACUAUGGAAAAGCAUCUGGACCUAUUUGGCUGGAUGAUUUAACAUGUAAAGGCACAGAGAACCAUCUGUUUACAUGUGCUUUCACAAGCUGGGGAACAACUGACUGCAGCCACAAAGAGGACGUCGGAGUUAUUUGUGCAACAACCGGCACCAAUAUGACCAUCAGUGAUUCUACACACUCACUGGACCACAGCAUUAGUCUGUCUGAUGAGCUCGGCCAAAUCUUUGACAGCGGGAAUGGCUGUGACUUCCUGAUCUUGAUCCAGAGUGCGACUGGAAACAGAGAGGAGGACGGGACCCCGGAGAUGGUUGGGACAACGAUUUGCACACACAAAAUUAUCCUCUCACAAUUCCCACUCUUCAAUGCUUCAGAGGGGAUAACAAGCAUCACGGUCCCUAUCAGCCAGUCUUGCCAACCGCAUUUCACCUCCUUCAUCAGGUACAUUUACACCCGCAAGGUGGAUGUGACUUUCUCCUCUGCCCAGUGCCUCCACUGGAUGGCGUAUACGUUUGGGGUGAAGCAGCUGAUGGAGGACACAGGCCGGCUGUUCUCUAAAAUCCUCCCAGAAGACCCCUUGUUUAACACCCAGGUGUCUCUUUACGAAUAUGCAGAAGAGACUGGGGACUUGGUCCUCCAAGAGAACUGUAUUCAGUAUCUGGCCUGGAACUACGAAAAUCUGACCAUGUCCCCCGCUUGGACCCACCUCUCCGUUAACCUCCUUGGAUCCCUUCUAACCCGCUCAGACCUGGUGGUGCCAGAUGAAUAUUUUCUGCUUCAGACUGUGGAGAGCUGGAUCACAGAGAAAGGCAACACGACCAGUUUGGAAACCCAGCUUGACCUGUUGAAUCGCAUACGUUUCCCUAUGAUUCCAGCGGAAACACUGUAUGACCUGGAGUACAACUCGUCUCUCUACAGCACUCAUAAGAACAUGUAUCGUGAAAAGAUCUUGGAAGCAUUCCAGUUUAAUGUUCUGCUUUUUAGCAAUCUGAUUUCCAACCCAAAGUUCAACAGAGAAGAUGAUCAUUUCCAGCCCAGGUUCUACACCACUAAGCCAUGGAGCACUGUUAUAAUUCCAAACCAAACAAGCUCUCAUUUUCAAUACGGGGGGCAUCGUGGGUAUUAUCAAACCCCAACCAAGUCGCUCAGCACACCUGUCCACAACAGCCUGAUCUUUAAUCGCAACAAGGUUAACUGGGAGGCAAGUGUCUUCAAGAACCAAUAUGAAUGUUCAAACCGAGGCAUGAGGUGCGACUCGUUGCCUAUGGCAAGACUGAUUACCUACAACCACCUCACCGAUCAGAGCAACAUCACCUUUCGUAACCGGCUCCUGCUGAUGUGCCAAGGCAAGUACAUCUGUCAUGUCCAGGACUUCAAGGCCAACGUGGCUUAUGUGAAUGGGACCCAGGUUCUUACCUAUCCCUGUCCUGAUGACCAGUACACCUACCGCUUUGUGGUGAGACCGGAGUAUGUCUGAUCCAAUAGCAAGGCCUGGUUCUAUAUUUCUCACAUCUGAUCAAUUUGUCUGCUUAUUAUUCAAUAGAUUACAAUGAUUCUACAAUAUUACCCAUGUGAUUUUUUUUCAUACAUUUUUGUUGAUUAGCUACAAAUGUAUCACCUUCUGCUUUCAUUUAUAUGGCAAAUAAAUAAAGAGAUUUCUAGAUCAUUUUCA